AAUAUGGUAAUGUACACUGUACUAUACAAUAAUAUACUAUGCCACACUAUACUUGGAAAAAGUGUAGGCCUAAAAAAAUCCUGGUUUGAUUCAAUUAAAAAAUAUUAUUUAACACCACUGAAUCAACAAAUACAUUAGGUAACACCAACAAAAGUCAUUUUUAAGAGUUAUACACUAUGCUAUAUGCCAUAAAGUUCUAAUGGAUUUCAUUAGUAAAAAGAUGCAGGAAUACUCAGUAUAGUGUACUGCAAUAACUGCACUACAAUACUCAGGGUACCCACACAUUUUGACUAAUGAAUUUCGAUGGCUUUUCCAUGACUUUUACUGUCAUUUGUGAUUACUGAAUAAGUGUUUUAAAGGAUGUUUGAUAUUGCACUCACAAAUACUGUAGCAACUGUUGAAAUAGCAUGACUAAAAUAACAAUCUAUGACUUUUCCAGCUCUGGAACUUAACAAGAAAUUACUCGAGAGAUAGAUGUAUAUAUGAUCUCAUGGAGAUGCAGUACUGUGCAAAAGUCUUUCACAAAAAUAUUUGUCUUUAGAUGGUUAUUUAUAUCUGCUACUUUAGUGUGUCAAUAGGAAAUAUACAUUUUAUACUCCAAAACAUUCCUUUUGCGAAUAGAAUAGAAGAACAGGGAGCCCUGCAACAGAUGGCAUGGCCCUCACAGAGCCCCCCACUGAACAUUGGGUCAGUCUGGGAUUACGUGACGAGUAAUUGAGACAGCCGAAAUAAAUAAAAGAAGUGUGGUGAAUUCUCCAAGAAGCUUGGAACAUCCUAUCUGCCAACAACCAAGAAAAACUGUGUCCAGGUGUGAUAUAGACCACAGUGUUUUGGAGCAGCAGUGUGGAGGUGUGUUUGUGAACCUCAGGAAAGCCUUCUUCAUGUUAUCUGGAUCAGAUGCUCCACUUGUGGCCAAAGGUCAAGCUGUCCUUCGAUGGCACCAGACCAAUGGCUUCUGCAGUGCCACAGGUCAGCCCACCAUCAGAAACCAGUCAGGAAGUCUUAGAAUCUGCCAAAGCAGUGGCAUCACAUACUACCCCAAAAUGGCACCAGUGGUGAUUGUGCUGGUGUCUGAUGGCAGCAGAUGUCUGCUGGGGCGGCAGUCCAUGUUUCCUGCAGGAAUGUACAGCGCUCUCGCUGGAUUCUGUGACAUGGGAGAGUCAGUGGAGGAAGCCCUUCACAGAGAGGUGGCAGAGGAGGUGGGUUUAGAGGUUGAGACCCUGCGGUACUCUGGAUCACAACACUGGCCAUUUCCACAAAGUUCCUUUAUGAUAGCCUGCCAUGCAACUGUAAACCCGGAUAAAACACAGGUGAGUAUAGACAAGGCUGAACUUGAGGAUGCUUGUUGGUUCACUGUUGAAGAAGUUACAGAAGCACUGCAAAUGAAGAAACCACCACGCAACCCUAAAGGAGAGCCACCUGUAUUCUGGGUCCCACCCUCUUAUGCCAUAGCCAAUCAGCUCAUUCAGGAAUGGGCCAAUCAGCAACAGCUAAAAAGACAGUGACAUGGACUCAGGACAUUAUUUGAACAAUAAUUAUGCAUCGAAUGGAUUACUAACACAGAAACAUAAUAAUAAAAUAGACAAGAGAAUUGAACAACUGGAUUUGCUGUGAUAACCAGAACACACCGAAGUGGACUAUCUUUAAUUUGUAAAGAACUUCAGAAAUAUUAAAUGGAGUAACAUAGAUUGUAUUAGUAAUAUGCCUGGACUCGUGCACAGCUAAAUGUGAAAUAUUGCAUGAAAAGAUAAUUAUAAUUGUGAGGUGCAAAAGUCUGAGACCACAUAUAAAAUCUGAAAGAUUCUAUGCUAUUUCUAGAUGAUUAACAUAGCACAUUUCUAGACAUGCUUCCAAGGAAAAUAAGCAUUGCAACAAUAAUGAUUAAAAAAAAUGCAUUUAUUAAAUUUGCAAAAUAUAAUCACUUUCAAUCGUGGUCUCUGACUUUUGGAAUCUACUGUUUUGUUAAGUGAAAUGUUUUUGGAUUUCAUCUUAAGCCUUAAGAUUUCUACCUCACCUACCUCAAAAACAGAUCUUUUUAUGUAUGUAAUUUGAACAGCCAUCUGAAAAAAAUGUUUAACCCUUGUGCUGUGUUGAAAUUUUUUACCUAAUAUGGUGUCCCUGGUCAAAAAUGACCGGCCUAUUAAAAAUUGCUUAUAAAUCUCUCAUUAUGCUAUAUUUUCACCAAAUACUGGAUUAGAUCUUUUUGCCAAUUUAUUUUCUUUCAAGUAGCACAGGUUUUGUAUUUCUUUUUGGAGCUUAUUGAUCGUAGGUCUCAUUUACCUAAGCUUAUACACCACAAGUGUGACUUUGUGCCAUUUUGUUCAAAAUAAAAGCAUUUCAAAACAAACUUCCUGGUUAAACAUUAAAGCACACUAGUGUGAUAAAUAGUACAGAAUGUUUUCAUAUUUUAUUUAAUAUUGCCAAAAUUAUCCACAAAUAAUGCUUUUUUCACUCCAAAAUGGAGGUUCAUAAGCUCAGGCCAGUGAGGCCUAUGAUCAAUAAGUUCCAAAAGGAAAUACAAAACCUCUUCUAAUUGAAAGAAAACAAGUUGGCAAAAAGAUCUAAUCCAAUAUUUGGUGAUAAUAUAGCACAACGAGAGAUUUACAAGCAAUUUUUAUAGACCGGUCAUUUUUGACCGGGAACACCAAAAAGGGGAGAAGUUGUGAUACCCUGUGUGAGCAAAGUUUUAGUCCAAUAGGAUAACAUUAACUAGCAUUUUCAGGCAAAAUAAAAUCCUCUUUGGGUCAAAAUGACUGGAACACAACAUGAAGGUUAAUAAACUUUUGUCAUUAUAAAA